GUUCAGUUUCGUCUCAACUGCACCCCCCCCGGCCAGCCUCACUAUCCAACUCCCAAACUGCACCCUUCUCGUCCACCUCUCAGCUCACCUUUGUUCCUCCACCGUCUUCGAGACGCCCUUUCGAGUCUUCACUCAUUCCAGACUCCACGACACCAGUUGCCUUGUCUCUCACACACAGGAAAUCGUCAGUGGAGGGACAGCCGAGACUGAAGAGUUGCUCCUUCCCGAAGUCAUGCGAUAAAAUCGCUCGUUUACCCCUACCAGCAGCACAACUUCAAACCGCCAUGGACGUAGAGGACAUUUCAGAUCUCUCGUCCCCCUUAAGCUCGCCUCCCAGUUCACCUCUCAGCUCCCCUCCAGAUUCACCAAAAAUCCCUCCUGGCUUUCAGGUUCUCACCCCACCUCCCUCACAGCAUGCGGGCGACGAAAUGCCCCGUCCACGAAAGCGCCGAAAGAUCGAGCCAAAGACCCGGACCACUCAGUACUUGGACCUCACCUCAGACACUGCGCAGUCAGAGUACGAUCGCUCAGAAGCUCUAGACACUCUUCUCAAGGCCUUGCGGAACAGGAGAAAGAUCGUGGUGAUUGCAGGGGCGGGUAUAUCUGUCUCGGCAGGUAUCCCUGAUUUCAGAUCUUCUCAUGGGCUUUUCAAGAGCUUGAGAGGGGAACACAGAUUGAAAAGCUCGGGCAAGAUGCUCUUUGAUGCUUCUGUCUACAAGGAUGACCAUUCGACCUCCAGCUUCCACGACAUGGUCCGCAAGCUCUCCAAGAUGUCUGCCAAUGCCAAGCCAACCCUCUUCCACCGGUUCUUAGCUAGGCUCGCUGUUGAGGGUCGACUAUUGCGACUGUAUACUCAGAAUGUCGACUGUCUAGAGACCUCAUUACCGCCACUAGCUACCCAAGUGCCUCUCAACCACAAAGCACCCUGGCCGAAGACGGUUCAGCUGCACGGAGGGCUCGAGAAAAUGAUGUGUCAGAAAUGUAGACACAUUUCAGAUUUUCAACCGAAUCUGUUUGAUGGAGCUGCCCCUCCACUUUGCCCUCAAUGCGUCGCAGCAGAUGCGCUAAGAACAGCCCAUGCUGGAAAGCGGAGCCACGGCGUUGGCAGAUUGCGGCCUAGAAUUGUCCUCUAUAACGAGCAUAACCCUGAUGAUGAGGCGAUUGGCGCAGUGACCACGGCAGACUUUCGAACGAGACCGGAUGCCGUUAUUGUCGUCGGCACCAGCAUGAAGAUUCCAGCUGUGCGACGCAUCGUCCAUGAGAUGUGCCAAAUCGUCAGAGACAGGCGGGAAGGUACCACAGUGUGGAUCAAUCGAGAUCCUGUGCCCCCAGGAAAAGACCUCGAAAAUUGUUGGGAUCUCAUCGUUCGAGGCGACAGUGACGAAGUGGCGCGAUUGGCACGCUUGAAAGAAUGGGAUGACCCCAGCCUAGAUGUGGCCGAGAAUUACACAGAGGCCGAUCUGGAGAAGAUCAAGUCUAGCCAGGGCGGAAUUGAGGUGGUCGUACCUCCAAGUCCCAAGAAGAAUGAGUGCGCGGGACAACAUUUGCUACCGUCACCUGAUUUCCAUGAGAUGACUCCUCCCCGGAGUCAGAACGGAGACGCGCCUUCAAAAACAAAAUCUGAAAACGGGGUCAAGUCUACGACGCCUUCGCCAAUUCGAAUCAAACUCAACGUUACAGAUCGAAGCAAACAGCUCGCGGUCAAGAAUGCAGCCAGUUCUGGCAGGUCCAUUGCUGAACUUCUUCGCGGAAAAGAGAAUACAGACAAACCUGCAAAAUCCAAGACUUCUCUGAACAAAAAGCCCAGGGUCACCAAGGUUAGGGCAUCUACGAACCCUCGAAACCAAGGAGUCCUAUCUGGAAAGGUCACUAAACCGGUUGUUAUGAUCAACAACGCGGGCUAUAAGAAGUCCCUGCCUGAACCAUUGUCCCCUCGUCGCGAUGCCAACCACGCAAUUGUUCCGGUGCACAAAUCGGAGUACUCAAGCGUGGAGGUGAGCCCGGCGCCAGAGACGCCUCCCUCGACUUCGACACGUGAAGAGUGGCGAAACGUUGAAACGGUAUCUCCUACCGGGCGGAUACCAUCGGAUAUGAUCAAGUUAUUGAACUAGAUUAUCUGGAAGAAUAUCGAAUAUAUCAAUUAUCCUGAGUUGCCGUCGUGCAUUUCAGUGGCUUAGGGUUCAAUUAUGGCGCUUUGGUUUGCAUGAUGACUUUAACGGCCAUGGGCAGCAUGUGGCAAGGUUGAGAAGACGUGUGUAUAUUGUCUAUUUUGGAGUUCAUCGACAGAAAGCGGAAAACGGAUUACGUUUCCUUUUUGUCAGGAAUGAUGCCACUGCGCCACGCCGCAGGAGAACGUUCGACAAGCUGGCUUUUCACAGGACAGAAACAGCUGGGCAUGAAGGGCAUCGGAAGCCCUAGCAUUGGGAUAUAGGGUAAAUUUGUCAUUUGCAUUUACAUCGGCAUCAUGACUCCAGCCGACAAGCGGCUGAGGAAAGGGUUGACUGCAUGAUCCGGCAUUACCCUAAUACCAAGAUAAUACCAGAGGAAUACAUAGCAUCAGGACAAGACAAAAAUGCAGGCAAUAUGUACAGAGCAGACUCGAUGAGUUUCACAAAGAAUCGGCUCCGAGCUGCUCAGCGUGCUGCAUUUCACAAUAUCAAGAGUGUGG